ACGGUUCUCGGGGAAGCGGGGCCAGGCUCCGAGCGACCUCCCCGCUAGCAUAGCAUAGCAGGUAGCAGCAGCAAAGCACUGCUGCCAUCUAUCUAUGCCACAAGAUCGCGGCGGAGAUCCCUAAACCCCCGCAGUCCUGCACCGCCAGAACAGCUCCACCCUCCACCCACCAUCCUCCGACGGCGCCGCCUCCUCGCGUCCUCCGCCCCGCCGCCCUUGCCGUUGCCGUUGCCGUCGCCGUCACUUCCAUCUCUCCCUCUCCCUCUCCGCCUGCUCCCUCCUACUACUCCCCGCCACCCGCAUUGCAACAUUUGCACCCUUCCUCAACCCCUCCCCGGCCGGCUGAAACUCACCCCAGGUUUACUUCUUCAAGGCCUCUGAGAAUCAGUGUCUUGACACUCCCUGAGCUACAAAAUUGUAAUAAGACUGUGUUUCAAAAAACAUGAAUCCCUAUUUUAUCGGUUUUGUCAUCCCGUUUGUGGCGUCUCUGAUGCUCACCAAGAGGAAGGCUGAGAAGAAAAGGGGCCUGCCGGUCGAUGUGGGUGGUGAGGCUGGCUAUGCCAUACGUAACUACAGGUCCGAGCAGCCCGUCGAAACGCACUGGGAAGGGAUCUUCACGCUCGCCGAGCUAUUCGAACAGUCCUGCAAGCAGUAUGCCUACAUGCCCCUGCAUGGCACCAGGAAGCUCCUUUCAAGGGAAACAGAGGUGGCUUCUGAUGGAAGAUCAUUCGAGAAGCUCCAUCUUGGGGAGUAUGAGUGGAGAAGUUACAUCGAAGCAUUCAAGGCCGUAUGCAACUUCUCGUCCGGUCUUAUCCAAAUUGGGCACCGGAAGGAUGAGCGUGUUGCUAUCUUUGCUGAUACGCGGGCUGAGUGGCAGAUCGCGUUGCAGGCAUGCUUCAGACAAAACAUUACAGUUGUCACCAUUUAUGCCUCCUUGGGGGAGGGAGCACUUUGUCACUCACUAAAUGAGACUGAGGUAACUACUGUGAUCUGUGGGCGGAAAGAACUAAAAAAGCUUAUUGAUAUAAAUGGGCAACUUGAUACUUUGAAACAUGUUGUCUACAUAAAUGAGGAAGGUGUCUCAAGUGAAGUAUCCUUGGCUAAACAAUGCACCAACUGGAGAGUGGAGUCAUUUGAGGAGGUAGAGAGACUAGGGUUGGAAACACCUAUUGAAGCAAAUUUGCCUCUCCCAUCUGAUACGGCAGUGAUAAUGUACACAAGUGGAAGUACUGGGAUGCCCAAGGGUGUCAUGAUGAGCCACCGCAAUGUCCUAGCUACAGCAUCAGCUGUUAUGACUAUUGUGCCUGCACUUGGCAAGAAGGAUGUCUACUUGGCAUACCUCCCGCUUGCGCACAUUCUUGAGUUGGCAGCUGAGACGAUUAUAUCUGCUGUCGGGGCUUCUAUAGGAUAUGGAUCACCUUUGACCCUGACUGAUACAUCAAAUAAAAUCAAAAGGGGGACUCAAGGUGAUGCCUCUGCGCUGAAGCCAACACUUAUGACUGCGGUACCUGCUAUACUUGACCGUGUUCGUGAUGGCGUACGAAAAAAUGUAGAUGCAAAGGGUGGCGCAGCCAAGAAACUGUUUGAUAUCGCCUACAGCCGCCGGCUAGCUGCUGUCAAUGGAAGUUGGUUUGGUGCAUGGGGAUUAGAGAAGCUCGUGUGGGAUAUGCUUGUCUUCCAGAAGGUGCGUGCAAUCUUGGGAGGACGGAUUCGGUUUAUACUCUCAGGCGGAGCACCUCUGUCUGGUGAAACUCAGAGAUUUAUCAAUAUAUGCCUUGGCGCUCCAAUAGGGCAAGGAUAUGGUCUGACUGAAACGUGUGCUGGCGGGACAUUUUCUGAGUAUAAUGACACAUCUGUUGGUCGUGUUGGUGCUCCACUGUCUUGUUCGUUCAUCAAGUUGAUAGACUGGGUCGAAGGUGGAUACUUAACAUCUGAUUCACCAAUGCCUCGGGGAGAAAUAGUUAUUGGAGGCCCAAAUGUAACCAAAGGCUAUUUCAAAAAUGAAGCUAAAACAAAUGAGGUCUACAAGGAUGAUGACAGAGGCAUGAGGUGGUUCUACUCUGGUGACAUUGGGCGUUUGCACCCAGAUGGCUGCCUCGAAAUCAUUGACCGGAAGAAGGAUAUAGUUAAGCUUCAACAUGGUGAAUAUGUAUCCCUAGGAAAGGUGGAGGCCACCUUGAGCGUGAGCCCGUAUGUUGACAACAUCAUGGUCCACGCCGACCCCUCCCAAAACUACUGCGUUGCACUUGUUGUAGCUGCACACGGUGAGCUGGAAAAAUGGGCCUCAAAACAAGGGAUUGCAUACUCCGAUUUCGCCGAUCUGUGCCAGAAGCAAGAGACUGUCAAAGAAGUACUACAGUCGUUGGUAAAGACUGGUAAGCAAUCGCGGCUGGAGAAGUUCGAGAUCCCUGCCAGGAUCAAGCUGAUACCAGAGCCAUGGACCCCCGAGUCUGGUCUUGUCACAGCUGCCCUCAAGCUCAAGAGGGAGGUCAUCAAGAAGGGUUAUCAGGACGAUCUUGCUAAGCUGUACAGAUAGUGUCCCUUUGUUAGGGAGAACAAAAUUCCUCAUCUGUGUUGUGUCUCAAACAUUGGACAGAUAGUGUCCCUUUGUUAGCAAGAACAAAACUUCUCAUAUGUGUUGUGUUUGAUACAGUGGACAGAUAGUGUCCCUUUGUUAGCAAAAAAUGUUGUGUUUCAAACAGUGGGCACUGGACAGUGUCGAGACAGACAGUAUAUUGAACUCUAGUAUGUGUACUUGAUGAUUUA